AUGGAUAUUCAAAAUCUUCUCAACCAUAAUCAAGACGACGAACAUUUUAUGCGCACCACACGCAUGUCAUCAUUCUCUUCCAUUGAGUCAACUUCUUCCUCCUCUGCUGAUUAUUACUACGACAGGCCAUUUGCUUGCACUUGGUUUAAUUGUGGUAAAUCCUUUUCUCGGCGAUCUGAUUUGAGCCGACAUCGACGUAUUCAUACCGGAGAACGACCUUAUCAUUGCCAGUGGGAAGGAUGCGGCAAACAAUUCAUUCAACGAUCAGCCCUCACAGUUCAUUAUCGCACCCAUACGGGUGAACGUCCUCAUGUUUGUGAAUACACGGCAUGCGGUAAAUCUUUUAGCGACUCGUCUUCUUUGGCUCGUCAUCGACGUACACAUACCGGCAAAAGACCCUACGUCUGCCAUUGUGGCAAGUCAUUUACGCGCAAGACAACACUCUCACGUCAUCAACGAUGCCAUGAACCAAGGACGCAAUCAUCCAUGCCAUCUCCUUUAACAAGCGAUUCUGAAGCCGACAGCCCCCCACCUGUGUUUGUUCGACCACAGCCUAUCGGCUAUAACAAAUGGAUGCCCCUUCAUCCUUAUCUCUUCAAGUUCGAUCCCUAA